CUAGCCGUAUCCCAGUUAAUUUUGGGGUCGGCUCUUCUCGUAAUAUUUCGUCAUGACCUCCGAUAUUAGGUCACUAUAACAUUGAUCCAAUAUUUAUUCAGAAGAGUAUCAGAUAUUCCAGUGUUAGGAAGUUUGUGCAGUAUGGCUCUAAAAGAUUCUUUUUACAUUUAUGUGCUAUGUAUAUUUAUAUUGUGUUUUCAAAUUUACAGUGAUAUAUCUAAUAGGCCUCUCGCCAAGCCAGGUUUCGACGCGUUGGGCAUGACUGCUCCAGUCAUGGUACAAAUGAAUCCAGACGGGAAAUGGGAAAAUGCCAAGCCUGGUAAUCUUGACGAAGAACGCCUGAGAGCUGUUGUGCAGCAUUUAACCAAUUCCCAGGCUCUGUCAGCCGCUCAGAGCUACUGUGUUCAAUGUGCUGCUGAAAACCAGAAAGCAGGUGGGGGCAAGCCAUCUAAUUACGUACCUGUUAUAAUGAUGCCCAUCUAUCCAGCUGACCAAUGUCCCUUCGAUAUGGAAUGUGAAAUCGAGAAAAUGAAGGACGGCGAUGCAAAAAAAACGAAAAAAGCAAAAAAAGCGGAACAAGCAGGAAAAGAAGAAAAGGAAACAGAAAAAAAGAAAACAAAAAAACGCGGUUUCGUUAUGCAAAGACUAACUGAUUUCGAUUUACUAUCACAAUGGUAAAAUAAAUAUACAAGUUAAUCAGUAAAUAAUCAUGUAUUGAAUGUACUAUGUAAUUUUUGUUCAAAAAUAAAGUAAAUGUCAAUUUACAGAA